AUGCUUGUAUCUAUGUUGGAAAGAGGUGAAGUUCAAAGGAUACAAAUAACGUCUUCCGGUGAUGUGUACAUUCUCACUUAUCAACAUGGUCAACUGCCUUUGAUUUUGAAGUACUCAGUACCUGUAAAUGAAUUUGUAAAAAAAUUACGAUCCCUAGAGGAUACGUGGGGCAUUGAAGAACAUGACCGUAUCCCAGUCCAGAUGUCUGACUUACCUUUGAACACGUUCAUGCAAAGAUGGAAUACGAAAUUGUGUACUGGUCUUCUAUUUAUAUCUUGUGGAUUGUUCACAUUUUCAACGAGGAGAAUGUUGUCUCAAAAAAAGAACUUAGAAAAAGCAGCGAAUAGCGGUAUUAUGAAGAAGUCCAUAAAUAUCUCAAAGUAUCAUGAUGACCCUAAGCCACCGAAAACAUCGGGUCAAUGGGAUCCUAUUACUGGUUUCAAUACAAUUAAACCUACAACAUCCACCGUAAAAUUUAAGGAUGUCGCUGGUCUUCAUGCAUGUAAACAAGAAGUUAUGGAGUUUGUUUCUUAUCUAAAAAAUCCUCAAAAGUAUCAAGCGUUAGGUGCUAAGUUACCAAAGGGGGCACUUCUACUUGGUCCACCGGGAACUGGAAAAACUUUGCUUGUUAAAGCAUUGGCCAAUGAAGCAGAAGUACCUUUCUUUUCAAUGGCUGGACCACAAUUUGUAGAGGUUGUCGGUGGACUUGGUGCUCUUCGAUUACGACAGCUUUUCAAAGUAGCUCGUUCUCACUCACCAGCUAUAAUAUUCAUAGAUGAGCUUGAUUCCCUUGGUCGACGUCGUGAUUCUGGUGAUCAGAGAGAGGGUGGUGGUGGUGUAUCUGAGAUGGAACAGACACUGAAUCAACUACUUGUAGAAAUGGAUGGAAUGGAUACAACUGAAGGUGUUAUUGUAUUUGGAGCGACAAAUCGAGCUGACUUGUUAGAUAGAGCUCUGUUACGUGCAGGACGGUUUGACAGACAUAUUUUUAUUAAUUUACCAAAUCUAUCUGAACGUAAAGAAAUAUUUGCUGUAUACCUUGCUAAAUAUCAACUUGCUCCUGAUGUUGUACAAAAUGAACUUGUUGAACGUUUAUCAGCCUGGUGUCCCGGAAUGUCUGGAGCCGAUAUUGCACGUCUAUGCAAUGAAGCUGCUUUGUCUGCUGCUCGAAGAGAUGAUAAAGUUGUUGGUGUUACUAAAGCUGAUUUUGAAGCAGCACUUGAAAGAAUAGUAGCAGGCGCUGCAAAACAUUCAAAUCCACUUACGGUUGCUGAACGCCACAUGUCUGCUGUCCAUGAAUCUGGUAGGGCUCUUGUAGCAUGGCUUCUUUCAGAUAGUGGAGUACUACCUAUAAAAGUCUCAAUUAUACCGCGUACGGUUUCUGGUCCAGAUACUGUUGGAGAUCUGGGUUUUACUCAAUUAAUAUCAGAAGAAAAAUAUUUACUUAAUACUGAUGAUCUAGCUGAUCGUAUGUCUGUAUUACUGGGUGGUAGAGCAGCUGAGCAUGUUGUAUACAAUGCAAUUUCAGAUGUUUCGCAAAAAUACCUUCAGGAAGCUAAUAAAUUAGCAAUGAAGCAAGUACGUAAGUUUGGAAUGUCUAAGAAUAUUGGAAACCUCAGCUUUGACGAUGAGUCAUCCAGUGGAUUGUCCUCUCUGAAACCGUUCUGUCAAAAAACGGAAGCCAUCAUGGAAAUAGAAGCCAAUCAACUUUUAUCUUCAGCAUUUUCGCGUUCUGUAAAAAUGUUGGAAGAAAAUAAGGACAACCUGUUAGCACUUAUUGAUGCUCUUUUAAAGAACGAAGUUCUCAGUUACGAUGACCUGACGAAAAUUUUAGGUGAUAACAAACGUUCAACAAAAAUUAAACCUCGUUUAUAA